AUGGAAGAAUAAGUAAAAAAACUUUAAAUUAUUGUUGAUCAUCUUUAAAAAAGAAGUAAAUAACCAAAUUCUAAAAUCUUAAUGGAUUGUUAUGAAGUAUUUUCAGAAUGUAUUUUAAUUGUUCAAAGAGAAAUCAAUUUAGAAAUUGGAAGUAUAAUGGACAAGCUUUUUAUGAUAAUAAGAGAAAUGCUUGAGAAUUCUCAAUUAAAAAUUCAACCUCCUAUAGAACCAUAAUAAAUUAUAGUGGCAACAAAAAUUCCUGAAUUUGUGAAUGCCUUAUAAUUGGGAAGUGUGUCAGUUUUAGACUAAUUAGGGAAUGUUGAAUAAGUUAAGAAUAUCCAUUAAAUACCUUGGUGUGAUCAUAAAUGUAAAGAAUAAAAGCCUCGUAAUUUCAAAGGAUUUUAAGAUGUUGGUACAAGUACUAUAAUAGAUUAUUAUGAAAAUUGUUAAAAAUCAUCUAGUUAAAUUUUGAAGAAUGAAGAGGAGAUUAGAGAAUGGAUAGAAUUUACUAAUGAUACUAUAGCUAUGUUAGGUGAAGCUAUAGCUAACAAGAAAUAAUUAGAUAUAGAAUAUUAAGGUAAACCAGGAGAUGUGGAUUUAUUAAUUUCAGAUAUACAAUUUAGAAGAUUAAAUUUGGAAUAAGUAUUAAAGUCAGUGAAUCCUGAAAAUUUUGGAGUAUAAAAUUUUGAUCACACUGUUUAAUUUCUAUAAUAACAUAUACUCUAGAUUUAAUAAUAGACUGCUAUAGCAGUAAUGUAAAAAAUGAAGCAUAGAUAAGAAGAAAAGGAUAAACAAUAAUAGAUAAUUAAUGAUAUGAAAGGGAAAAUAAAGAAAAAGGUAAUGCAUAAAGAAGAUUGUCGUUGUGCUUAAUAUGUUAAUGAUAUAUUGUCACUUAAAAAUAAAUUAGAAUAAAUUUAAACAGAUCUUGCAAAAAAAGAACAUUAUAUAUUGGAAUUAGAAAUAAAGAAUGAUUAAAAAGAUAUAUAAUAUAGAAUGUUGUAACAAUAAUUUUAUUAAAUGGAAAGUGAAAGAACAGAAAUGAAAUAAAAAUUAGAUAAUUAUACAAGAUUUGCUAAAAAGAAUAGUGAUAGAGGAUAUGUAUCAUAGAGUAGUAAUGAUGAAAUUGUAGUUAAUGGUAUAACAGCUCAUCCUAGAACAACAAGUAGAGAUUAAUCAUAAUAAUAAUCUUCAAAAUAGUAAAUUCUACUCACACCUAAAGAAAAUUAUAUUAUUUAAAAGAAAACACAAUAAAUGGAAAGAUUAGUCAAAUUGGUUAAUGCUCUAGAUGUCAAUAAUUAAACAAGAAGAUUAACACAAAUGUAAUUUAUUUUAGAAUAGAAGGUUACAUCAUAAAUUAAUGAUCUUGCUGAUCUAAUUAAGGAUAUAGAAGAAAAUGAUUUAUUAUAAAAUGAUGUAAUUGAUAAUAGUUCUGUUACUAAAGAAAUAGAACCUAUUUCAUCUAGAUUUUUAGAUAAACAAUCUAAAUAAUAUACAACAACAUAAAGAAAUUCACUAUAAAAUUCAUUUGAAAUUGAAAUGAAUAUUGAUAAACCAAUUAUCAGAGUUAGUAUACCUAUUGAAUAGAUUCCUUAUUAAAGAUAGGUGCCUAGUAAUAGAAUAAUGUCUUCAGUUGGAGGAUCAUAGAAAAAGUAGGAUUUAUCAAAUAUAAAUUAUAAUUAAAGAUAAAUGGAUACAUUAAAAAUUAAGAAUUCUUCAUCAAAUUAAUUAUCACCAAAUUCAUCAAAUGUAAGAAUGAAAUCAUCAUAAAAUAUAAGUAUAAAUAGAUAAAAUUCAAUAAAACAUUAAUAGUAAUAAUAAUAAUAGUAAUAAUAGUAAUAAUAAUAAUAAUAAUAAUAAUAGUAAUAAUAAUCAUAAUCUUAAAUUAUAUUAGAUAAAUCUAAAAAAUUAAAAAAUUAAAAAAAUACAAAAGAUUAAUACUAAUAAACUGAUAAUCUUAUCAAAUUUGAAAUUUCUACUUAAACAGAAAAAAUAUUAAAUAGAUAAACUACUGAAUAAAUAGAUAACAUUAGAAUAAUGGGUUCAUAUAAUAAAAAUAAUUCUUAAUAAUUAACAACUAGUAGUACAUUUCACUUUAAUUCUUUAGGCACUACUGGUAAUAUUAUUACACCUAUAUAAUCAAACAAUAAUUCUAAUGUAUAAUCUCCAAGAAAUUAAAUCUCCCAUCAAAAUCUAAAUUCUACAAUAACAGGAUCAUUUCCAUUACCUUCCCCAUCUUAAACAUUAUAAAAAAAUAAAUUACAAAGUGUUAAAUCUGAAUCUGAAAAUUCUCAAUUAUUAAGUCGUUAAUUAUCAUUACAUACUAUUGAUAAUUAAUCAUCCAAAUAAUCUCAAUCUUUGAAAUAAAGAAUUUUAGAUAGAUAAGAGGAAAAACAUUAGAAGACUAAUCAUCGUAAAAUAUAUACAAGUACGGCUACUUAAUUUUAGAGUAUGUCACCUAGAGAAAAUAGUUCUAUGAAAUUAAAAUCUAAUGAUGAUAUGAAACUAUAACAAUUUCAAUAAAAUCAAGAAGAAGAAUAAUUAAUGUAUGAUUAAGUAUUGCAUGAUCUUCCUGAAUAACAUGAACAUGAAAUUAUAUAAAAAGCUAUUAAUAGAACACCUGGUUAUGAAUUAGCAUCUGAAUUAAAUGAGAACAUUUUGCUAACUAUGUUUGACAAUCUUUAAAAUGUUCCUGAGUUUAUAGAAUUGAUUAAAAAAUUAAAUAAGAAUAAUCCAGUUACAUUUAAUGAAUUUAAAAGAUUUAUUAAUAGAAUAUAAGCAUUUCAUAAAAAAUGUGGAAGAGAGUGUAAUCAUUUACAAAGGUAAAAUAUAUAAUUUAAUAUUUUUUUUUAAGAUUCUAUUUAAGAUUAGGAUUUGUAUCAACUAAGUACUUGAACAAACGUAAAUAACUUAUAUUGUCUAAACCAAAAGUACUACCUGGUUUUAAAUGA